CCAAGGCGAAGCACAACCCAACCACGAAAGGAAACCCAAACGAUUAUUCAUUCAUUCAAUUCAUUGGUUAUUUCGUUGUUGUUGGAGAACGUCCGUAUCAGUCCAUGGUCCAGCUCUGGUUGAAUCAGCAGGCGUCAGAAGAGCCUGAUAGUGAACAAGGACGUUUGAAUCAAGCCAUUACAAACUAGUACUACUUCGACCACAAUGAUGAACGCUGCUAACUUUGCACCUCCCGAAUGGGACGCCAUUUUGACGGCGUCCAUGCGAAAUGAUUUUGGUGCGAUCAAGCGGUUGGUACAACAAGACGGCGUGGAUCCGAGUCAUUCCAAUGCAGUGAAUCAAUCGGGGUUGCACAUUGCCGCGCUGUGGGGCAACGUGGAAGCCGUCGAUGCGUUGAUUGAAUACAAAGCGGCAGUCAAUGCGCAAAACAAAUUGACGGGUGCCACGCCACUCCAUUGUGCCGUGCAGAGCAACAAGGGAAAAGCAACAGAACGAUUCGAAUGUAUUGAAUUGCUCAUCAAGGAAGGAGGAGCGGAUGUGUCUUUGGCGGAUUUUUUUGGAAAGACACCGUCGGAAUAUUGUCAAGAAAAUCCAGCAUUGGCUGCCUUGUUGACGCCUCAAGCACCACCGCUCUUUACGGCCAUUCAAGAAGGAAAGGUUGAAGAUGUCCAACAAAUUGUGACCGCUGCAAAUGACACUGACAAGAAGAAUUUGCUGGAACAAGUCUUUCGUGGCAAAACGCCCUUUCAAAUCACCAUUGAUUUGUUGUUGCAAGACAAUGACGACGACGAGACAGAAACUACUACUCCAGUGGACAAGACCCAACUAGUCUCCAUUUUGGAAUUGUUGCUACAAGCCGGCGCCAAUGCCGAUGGAAGUGCCCCGCACGAUGACUUUGCGAAUGCUGUCAAUCCCAUGCUCACACUCGAAGAAGGACCCGUAUUGCCUCCGCUGGUCCGUGUCUGCACGGCAUUACAAACCGCCUACAAGAAUCCACAACCCGACACUGUCGCCUUAUUGGAAAGAACCGCUCAACUCUUAUUAUUGUCACAAGAAACGAAAACGACACCGGAACUCGAACAACUCUUGCAUACAGCCUGUCGCAAGGGAGAUUUGCAAUUUACAAAGUACAUGGUGGAAACCAUAGGCGUUCCUCCCAAUGCCAAGGGACGACAGGGCAUGACGGCAUUGCAAUUUGCAGCACGGUCUGGAAAGACAGAUAUUGUACGCUAUCUGCUUAGCGACCAUGUGAAUGCGGAUGUGUCCAUUCCAGAUGAUCGAGGAAAGACCGCGUUGGAUGCCGCCCGCGUCAAUAACAAGCAAGAUAUUGUGGCCUUGUUGGAGGAAUUUGCAGCCGCAAAGCAGCAAGUGUAAAGAACGACGUACAAGCAGAAAGAAAGGCAAGGGCUCCCACCAAAACAAACAAGGCACAAACAGGGCCAGCGCAAAACAGCAACACUCGAGAACCAUGUAGUAUCAGCGACGCCGUUUCGCUAGGAACUCCUCUUAUAAUAACCACUGCUUUUUGAAGUGC